GGCACUCACACACACACAUACACACACACACAAGAAGAACAGCUAACGCAGCACACAGAAGAUCUUCAGACUUCUGAGGACUAAAAAGAGGAAAAGAGGGAGCUGCAGCUGUCCGCUGCAUGAUGGCGGAGAUUUGGCCGUCCCUGCUGAACGGCACCGAGUGUCUCACUCUGAAGCUGCACACGGCCAUUCCCAGCUUCCUCUCCAUCUUCUACCUCUGCGGCUUCCUGCUCAACAGCCUCAGCCUGUGGAUUUUCGCGUCCCAGCGCAGGAAGUGGAACUCCGGGAUGGUGCUGCAGUUCAACCUGGCCCUGAGCGACGUGCUGGUGACGCCGGCCACGCCCUUCCUGGUGCUGUACUCGCUGUGGGACGACUGGCCGUUCGGCCGCUUCCUGUGCCAGCUGAAGGUCUUCCUGCUGAGCGUGCACGUGUACGGUGGGAUCUGCUUCCUCACGCUCAUCAGUGUGCACCGCUGCAGUACCGUCGCACGCCACCAGGGCGCCUCCAAAUCCCGCAUGGCCAACCCCGGCUACGUGCAGCGGCUGUGUGCCGGCGUGUGGGUGGGGCUGCUGCUGCAGGGCCUCCCCUUCUUUGGGCUGCUGGACGUUUGGAGGGACAGAGAAAACUCCACCAAGUGCCUCAGCUUCCACCAGAGAAACAUGGCCCCGCUGUUUUUCUUCUAUAACCUGUCCAUCCUGGUGGUGGGGGUUCUGCUGCCUCUCUUCGUGUUUGUGGCCUGCUACGUCUGGCUCAGCUCCUUCCUGUCCCGGAUGACGGCCCAGGGGACCCAGGGCCGCGCCAUGAAGGCCCACUCUGCCCGGGUGAUCGCCGCCUGCCUCUGCAUCUUCAUCCUCUGCUAUGUCCCACUGCACAUCACCCGCACCAUGGGCGUGACCGUCGCCCUCUUCCACCCCGGGGAGUGCCCGUUUCUGGCCCGCGUGGAGCUCUCGUACUACAUCAGCUUCACCCUCUCCAGCGCCAACUGCUGCCUGGACCCGCUGCUCUACUGCUUCUCCUCCCGGCGCUUCAGAGCCACCUUGUGGCAGAAGCUGAAGAGAGUGAGGCAGGUGUGCAGUCUGUGCCACGCCCGCCAGCGAGAGCCGGAGCCGGGCGACAACACCGACGAGCCCAUCAGCACGGUCAACACCACAGACAGGGUGACCUAGAGGCCAGACGGGGCAGGGUGCUGUGCAUGGCACUCACAGCCGGCCUCCCCUUCAUCACACGCUAAAUUGCACAUUUUCACUUCUGUCCUGUAUUAUAAUUAUGCAUACAUGAGAUUCGAGUCAAUUCAAUAACUCCAUAACACCAUGCAUGCACAUAUAGUGUA